CUCAGGCCCGACGCCGAGUGAUAGCCUGCCACUCUAGGUCCAGCAAGACUAUGAACCUCUGUUCCAAAUGCUUUGCUGAUUUUCAAAAGAAACAACCAGACGAUGAUUCCGCUCCAAGUACAAGUAACAGCCAAUCAGAUUUGUUUUCUGAAGAGACCACCAGUGACAACAACAAUACCUCGAUAACCACGCCAACUCUUAGUCCCAGCCAGCAGCCGCUUCCGACAGAACUGAAUGUAACUUCACCAAGUAAAGAGGAGUGUGGGCCAUGCACAGACACAGCUCAUGUCUCGUUAAUCACACCAACCAAAAGAUCCUGUGGUACAGAUUCACAGUCUGAGAAUGAGGCUUCGCCAGUGAAACGGCCACGACUACUGGAGAACACCGAGCGACCUGAGGAAAGCAGCCGAUCUAAACAGAAGAGUCGACGUCGGUGCUUCCAGUGCCAAACCAAACUGGAGCUGGUGCAGCAGGAACUGGGAUCGUGCCGCUGUGGUUACGUGUUCUGUAUGUUACAUCGCCUCCCCGAGCAGCAUGACUGUACGUUUGACCACAUGGGUCGUGGCCGAGAGGAAGCCAUCAUGAAAAUGGUGAAACUGGACCGGAAAGUGGGGCGCUCCUGCCAGCGCAUCGGGGAGGGGUGCUCCUGAAGGCCGGGCACGGCCGCCACACGACGCUGUUCUUAGUUCACUAAUGUUAGCCUUAUUUAGGACAGAGUCAGCCAGACACCUUGUACUGGGCACGCGUCAGGCCGCAGCCAGCCGCCCCUUCCUUUAGCCACCUGGUACUGUAGUUUAGGGCUGAUGGUGGUCGAAACUGAUUUCUGGCUGGUUACUAAGGUGCCUGCUAGCCAUUGUAUAAAAUUAAAACAUGAAGACUAUUUUUUUUGAGCAUGGCUAGUGGAUUUAAAGCAACACACACCUGUCACUGCUGGAGUCAAACUUACAAAAAGCCUUAAGCGGAAAGUGUCCCAGACGGAGACUGAGUUACUGGAGGAGUAGAAGCUGAUGCUAACGUCCCACAGCGCACACGGUUCUGCCAAAACUCUGGUUCAUGUCCGGCCUUUCACCCCUCACUUCUCCUCCUCCCAGUAGCCAGAUGCCUGGUGGCCACGUGUGCCUUGGCCACGGGAGGCUGCUGAGAUUGGCCACGUGGCUCGGCUGGGUGAUGGCCUUGCUCUCCCCGAGCCGGAAGCGGGGGUGGGGAGCAGGUUCUUAGGAAAAUCUUAACGGAAUUUUUUACCUGACUUGCUAUGAAAAAACUCAUCACAUGACAAGACAAACAAUAACCUCACUUUGAAAAUUAGCUCCACAAGAUUAGUCCACCCAUGAGAACCACCUUUCUACACAGUACCCCAGGGUCCUGAGAAGGAACCAGGGGUGCGCCCUGACUCCAGCGGCUCUGCCCCCCCCCCCCCCCCGCAAGUGCGGGCUCUGCUGAUCACAGCGCCACAGCGGGGCUGGGCCGCCGGCUGACCUCUGCAGCUCCAUUCGAAACAGGAGUCAGUAGAUGUGCUGGGGAGCACCUGGGGGGCUGCUCCCCCCAGACUGCCCCUUCCAGCAGGAGCCGCUCAGCCCCUAGGGGUCCAGGGGAGGACGGCCUGAGCAGCCCCACAGACCCAGGACAGCCAGUCCACAUCCACAAAGCCGCAGGUGUAGGGAGGGGGCAGCAAGUGGUUCGUGGCCCUGGCCAGGCUCCGAGGGAGACAUUGGCGUGGGGCGGGGGUGGGGCACAUGUCAGCCAGUGCCUGUUCACGUUGGCAAGAGAGAGUGCAGUUGCUCAGGCCAGGUGGGGAAGGGUGGCGACGGGUCUGUUUGCCCAUUAGGGAAUUGUUUCCAGUGGGGGGGGGGGGUAGACAGGAUACGUGGAGCAGGGCUGAGCGGCCCAGAGUCCCUGUCUGAUCAGGGCAAUGAGAGGGAGCGCUCCUGAGAAGCCGGUGGGGUCUGUCUACCCACAGGCGAUUGGAAUAGUUUAACCCAGCAAGUUACCCUUUUAUUCCACAACAAGCAGUUCAACUCUGUCUGCAAAUAACACCUGCAAGUGCAAAUUUUUUUAUCCAAACUAUUGAAAUAGGAAAUCAUGCUCUUCCCAAUCUCCUCCUCCCACCCCACCCCCACCAGAGUGGAAUCCGCUGCAAAGUCUCCAGCCUUAAUUCUUGCUUCAGGACCAGCCCGGCGUCUUGCUCUAGGGGCAGCCCGGGGCCGGGGGCCGGGUCUGCCCACGUUUACCACUGUUGUCAAGCCACGGCCCUCUGGCCAGUCCACGGCCAUCCUCAGUGAGCUGGCCUGCCUAGCACCCCCCCCAAGCUCUGAUCCCCAAGAGGCCACCCAUGAGCCCCUCCACCCUCCUCAGGCCCCCGCCGGCUGCUGCGUGGAGGCGGUGGUGGGAAGCAGGCUCUCUGGGGAGUCCAGCACACAGGGCUCUGCCCACGUUCACUUCCUGGUGGGGAGCUGGGGGAGGGGCUUGUUCCCCUGCAGUAUCUGUUCUGUGAAGUUUGUUAAAUGUAAGGAAAGCUUAAAUUCUUGUAUCUUUAAAAGAGAAAUCUUAUUUAACCCUUUUGUGUUCUAGAUUUACUUACACACAUAGCCUAGAGCUCAGUUUUAGUUUUAACAUCGUGAAAAUAUUAAAAGAAUCUUGUAACUUUAUUCUUUUUUCUCCUGCUGAAAAAAAAUUAAACCAAUC